CUCCUUCCUCCUCCUCCUCCUCACCGGGCGGGAGCUGCGAACUGGCGCUGGAGAGCGGAGCCGGCCCAGCGGCCCAGUGAUGCCUGAAGGUCAAGGGAAGGACAGCGAGAGCCACAGCAGCAGCAACAGUAGUUCCAGUGCUGGCAGUUCAGUUGCUUGCUUCGGACAGUACCAAUACACAGCAAGUGAGCAUCAAGCCAUCCAGCAUGCUCUUCGACAGAGACUGGGUCCAGAGUACAUCAGCAGCCGACAAGCUGGAGGAGGACAAAAGGUCUGCUACAUCGAGGGGCACAAGGUAAUCAGUCUGGCCAAUGAGAUGUUCGGCUUCAACGGCUGGGCUCAUUCAGUCACUCAGCAGAACGUUGACUUUGUUGACCUCAACAACGGCAAGUUCUAUGUGGGGGUCUGUGCCUUUGUGAAAGUUCAGCUGAAGGAUGGGUCAUACCAUGAAGAUGUGGGGUAUGGAGUCAGUGAAGGCCUGAAGUCUAAGGCCUUGUCCCUCGAAAAGGCAAGGAAGGAGGCAGUAACAGAUGGACUGAAGAGGGCACUCAAGUGCUUUGGGAAUGCUCUUGGGAACUGCAUCCUGGACAAAGACUACCUCCGGGCCGUGAAUAAGCUUCCACAUCAGAUCCCUGAGUUAGAUUUGGCCAAAGCUAAGAGACAGGACUAUGAGCCUGAAAUAGAAAAAGCAAGAUACAAUAGCUGUUUGGAAAGGCAGCACACAGGAGAGAGACAACACUGUGAGAUGGCCUCUAGCUGUAAGCCUGCUCAGACAGAAGCUGCUGCAGCACCAACAGAGCAGAAACAGUCCAACAGUUCCAGAACUGCAGACUCCUUAGCUCUGGACUGCGAUGCCACCUACCAGCGCAAACUGCGACAGAAGCAGCUCCAGCAGCAGUUCCGGGAGCAGAUGGAGAAGAAACAGCAGCUUGCAGCACUCACUCCCAGCAGCAACAGAACUACACCUGUAAAGCACAGCACUUCAGCAACAGUACCACAGGAGCAAGCAGUGGAAGAGGAGUUCUUUGCAGGUCAGCCAAAAAAUGAUCCUGAACUUUGGGACAUUUCCUUGGAGACCAUUGAUCUGAAGGUAGUGGGUCACAAGACAGCAGACCCACCAGCUGGACACCGGACACCUAAAACACCCCCUGGGUGCCAUCAGAUGACUACUCGUAACAGGACCCCUCACAGAGUGAAUUACCACGCAGCUCCAGCCAGGCUUGCACAACUGCAGCCAUCUGCUACCAUCAUGAGCAACAAAAGCUGUGCCAACCAGCACCCCUCAGACUGCAGCCCCCACAGGAGAAGUCAAAGCUGGAAGAAAAGGAGGUUAGAACCUACCUAAGACACCUGCUGGUACCACUUCCUCCACCCUGGAUUACAUCUUAGGACUGCAGUUGGCUGUUCACGUUCUGUGAGAGUCUAAUGCAUUAAUGGAUUUGUCUGUAUCUUAUGGGGAAGCAACACAGGAGAGUUUAAUGCAGCCAGCAGGGACUUGAUGUGCUUGUAGCUUAUUGUGUGCUCCAGAUGCCUCUGUCUAUAAACAACCAAUCGUUUGUGCCUUGCAGCAGCAGCCUCCUGGCUGCAUUACAGGCAGGACAGAUGAUGUGGCUGAAACGGUAACAGAAUUCAUCUUCCAAAGGAGAUGCAGUUCAUAGCUUUUUUCCCCUCAGUGUUGCAUUUCAUCAUGUUAAAAAGAGAUGUUUCAGCAAGGUAGGGAGAGGAUGGGCUGCAGUCAGACAGCAAAGCUGUGGCUGCCUGUUCAGUGAGGCUGAGGGUGUGGAGCUGUGGCAGUGCCAGCCCCUGCUCCCCAGCUCCAUUGUUUGCCCUGCAGCUGCACAAGCAGGGUCAGAAGCCUUUCCCUUCUCAGCUGCAUCUGCUUGCCUGUGCAGCAGCAGCAGACUGAAGUGUGACUGCAACAGGGCAGCUGAGGGGCAGGAACAGACUGGGACUUCUGCUGGAGUUGCACAUAGCACCUCAGUGUUGGCUUGGGUCUUCUGUAAAAGGAAUGGGAGCUGCACUUCUGUUUUUAAAUGAGCUUUCAACCCUUUUCAGUAUCAAAAUAAACACAGAACUUGACAAACAAA